AUGGUGGCAAGGUGCGCGCACGCCGACGCCGGCGGGUUGUUCCGCAUCUGGCCGAUCUUCUCCGCCGCCGCGCUGCGGAGGAAGGUGCUCGAGGUUCUCACGUGCGGCGGCGGUACCGGCGGCGAUGGAGGAGGCGGUUCCUCCUGCCGUGGACGGACGGCGUACCGGUCGCCUCAGCGGAUGCCGAGGUCGAGGCCACGGUCGGACAGGCUCGCGGAGCUGCUCAGGGCCGAGGAACCGUCCGAAUGCAGCGACGAGGCUGAGGCCGAGGCGGCGGACGUCGCGGCUGCCAGGAAGGUGGAGGCGUUCGAGGAGCUGAAGGGCGUGGUCGGGGCGCUCCAGGACGGCGGCGGAGGCGGCGAAGGUUGCAUGUCCCGCGUCGAGGCGGCCAAGGCCGUGCGGAGGAAGGCCAAGGACGACGCCGGCGCCAGGGAGAUGCUCGCGAUGCUCGGCGCCAUCCCGCCGCUCGUCGCGAUGCUCGACGAGGGAGGCGACGGCGGGGAGGAUAUCACGACCGCUGCGCUGUACGCGCUGCUCAACUUGGGCAUCGGCAAUGACACAGCUGUUUGCAUGAUUGCCAGGAACAAGGCGGCGAUCGUGCAAGCCGGUGCCGUCCACAAGAUGCUCCGCAUUGCGGACGGCGGCGGCGCGUCCGACGCGCUGACGGAGGCCGUGGUCGCCAACUUCCUCUGCCUCAGCGCACUCGACGCUAACAAGCCCGUCAUCGGCGCGUCCGGCGCCGCGCCGUUCCUCGUGCGCGCGUUCCAGUCCGCCGCGUGCUCCUCCACCGAGCAGGCGCGCCAUGACGCGCUGCGCGCGCUCCUAAACCUCUCCAUCGCGCCCGCCAACGCGCCGCACCUGCUGGCGGCCGGGCUCGCGCCGGCGCUGGUGGCUGCCGUGGGGGACGCCGCCCCCGUGACGGACCGCGCGCUCGCCGUGCUCUGCAACCUCGUGGCGGCCUGCCCCGAGGGCCGCCGCGCGAAGCGCGCGUCCAGGAUCCUGGAGAUCCUCCACGCCGACAAGGGCAAGCAGGUCGUGGACGACGUCUCAGGCGUCGUGGCGACGAUGUCGGCGCCGCAGAAGCGCAGGUGCCGCGGGGAGGAGGAGUCGGUGGACGGGGAGUUCGACGACGCCGGCAUGAGCGCCGAGAAGCGCGCCGUGCGGCAGCUGGUUCAGCAGAGCCUGCUGAGCAACAUGCGGCGCAUCGUCCGGCGCGCGCGGCUGCCGCAGGACUUCGCUCCGGCAUCGACCAAGAACCUCAAGGCGCUCACUGCCUCCUCCACCUCCAAGAGCCUGCCGUUCUAG